AUGCUCGACAAGUGGAACACCUGGAAGGACUACGACUCUCUGCCUUCGUGGUACACCGACGAGGAGCAGAAACUGCACGAGUUGACCGCUGACAAGGUGCUGGGUCAGUACUCACGUGACCAGCUGGAGCGGUCCUGGCGCUGGGUUUUGAAGGAGCUGGCGAGCUUUGAAACAGAGCCGAUUCCGCAGCUCAACUUUGACGAGAUCCAACGGGACGCCGUCGGGGCGGAUCACGUGGCCCGGGCCAAGCGGGCGGGCUGUUUCAUUGUGCGGAAUGUGGUCAGUGAAUCGGAGUCACGUGAACUCAACCAUUCGCUGCAGACGUUUCUCUCGGAGCAUUCGGAUGCCAUCACCGGAUGGCCAGUGGAGGCUCCUCACAUUAAGCAGCUUUACUGGACUGAAGCUCAAGUAAAGUUGCGGGCUCAUCCCAACCAUUUACUUCUGCAGGAAUGGCUCAAUAAGCUUUGGGAAGAGCCUGGUCAACAAAUGUCAACUAACUCUCAACAAAACACCUCCACUCUAGCGACCCCUCUAACUUACGCAGAUGCGCUUCGAUCCAUGCCCAGUAAGUCUACGUAUCCUGCUCUGGGACCCCACAUUGACGCGGGCUCUCUUUCCCGGUGGUUGGAUGACGAUUAUCGCCACUUUUACCACGACGUCUUUUCGGGUCAUCCUGAACGUCUGGAUCUCUACAGACUCAAGGAAAGAAGUACCUGCAAGCAGCACGUUAUUCCUGGGCCCGCCCACUCGUCUGUUUUGCGCACAUUUCAAGGCUGGACCUGUUUGACUGACGUGGGCGAAAAUAAGGGCGGAAUUUGGUUCUAUCCAAGAGUGGAUUUGGCAGUGGUGUAUUUGCUUCUGCGACCGUUUUUCGAGGAGAUUCGAAGCGAGGAGGAGCUGGUACGAGAGGCAACCGGAUCGACUGACCCGACUCUCAACCUGACUGCCAACUCCGACGGCCUCCCCACCCCAGACACCACCCCGGGCACUCCAGAGGACGACUCCAGUGACGCCAAGUACGGUGCGACACUGAAGUCACGGGACGCAGCCGAGGCUGCACGUGCCCGAUAUCUCUCUGCUGCCAACUGGAAGUUCACUCGUCCCUCCUAUUUCCCCGGAACUCAGUCAAUCUCCAGUCAAUGUCUCGGAAACAAGAGUCACCCGCAUCUUGAACUCACUAAACGGCUUGUGAGCAUUCCCGAUUUGUCUGCGGGCGAUUCUGUGUGGUGGCAUUGCGAUGGUAUUCAUGCUGUGGAUCCCAAUCAUUUGUCCGGCGACGAUCCCGCCGUGGUCGUCUACAUUGCCUCGGUACCUUCGACCCAGCCGAAUAUCGAGUACGUAAGGGAGCAAGCCGAGACCUUCCGGGCGCGAAAGUGUCCUCCGGACUUUGGUCAGACCUUUGAAGAGGCCCAUGAGUGGAAUCCCGAGUGGCUGAGAGGAGGUGAGCGGGCCAUGAUGUUGGAUGAAUAA